CCAUUUUAGUUGGUCACAGUGAACUCCGUGAGUCCUUGGACAUGGAAGAUCAUCUGUCUUGUGCUGUGUGUCAUGAUCUGUUUCAAGAUCCUGUCUUAAUCGACUGUGAUCACAGCUUCUGCCGAUCCUGUAUUACUCAGUACUGGAAGAGCCCCGGCACAGCGUCCUGUCCCUUAUGUAGAAGAACGACUUCCUCCAAAACCCUGAGGCCAAACCGCACCCUCGCCGGCAUCGUUGAGUUGUUCGCAAACCGGGAGACAACUCAGCAGGAAUGCAGCCGCCACAAGGAGAAGCUGACGCUAUUUUGCCAGACCGACAAGCAGCCCCUCUGUGUGCUCUGUCAGCAUUCAAAGAAUCAUUGCGGCCACGAGCUGUUGCUGCUGGAAGAGGCCGUGCAGGAGUUCAAGGAAGAGCUGAAAACCUCACUGAAGCCAGUCCUGGACAAGAAGAAGGAAUGUGCUGCGGUAAAAAGUGAUUAUGAGGAAACAUUAAAGCAUAUUCAGGACCAGGGAGAAAUGGCAGAGAGACAGAUUAAAGCCCAGUUCGAAACAAUGCAUCAGUUUCUCCGCAACCAAGAAAGGAUCGCGCUGGAAGAUCUCAAACUGCAGAGAGAGAGAAACUGCCUGAAGAUGAAGAGAAAGAUUAAGGAUGCAACAGAAGUCAUCUCAUCACUUUCAGACACCAUUCAGGACAUUGAAGAAGUGCUGAAGGAAGAGGACAGCAUCAAAUUUUUAACAAAACUUCCAGAAACUCAGAAAAGAGCAAAGCGAACUGUGCCAGAGCUGCAGAAGGUUUAUCCUUUAAUAAGUGUGGGGAAGCAUGUUGGCUCACUGCAGUACAGAGUGUGGAAGAAGAUGCUGACAGUCAUCAAUGCAGCUCCGGUCAUCCUUGACCCCAACACAGCCAGUCCUUAUCUUCUGCUGUCUGAUGAUCUGAGAACCGUGAGAUACACCGACAAAUGGAUGCAGCUUCCCAAGAACCCACAGAGGUUUGAUCCCUGUGUGUUUGUCCUGGGAUCAGAAGGAUUCACAUCAGGAAGACAUUUCUGGGAGGUGGACGUGGGGAAUAAGACAAACUGGGACUUUGGCAUAGCCAAGGAUUCCAUCACCAGGAAAGGGAAAAUCACCCUGAAUCCGGAUAAUGGAUAUUGGGCAGUGGCACUGAGAAAUGGUAUAGAGUACUAUGCUUGUACUAACCCAUGGAAACGCCUAGAGCUGAGUGUUCACCCAAGAAAGAUCCGGAUCUCCCUGGAAUAUGAAGGAGGAAAAGUGUCCUUUCAUGAUGUGGAUAACCUGACCCACAUCUACACUUUCAAUGGCACAUUCACUGGGAAACUAUACCCUUACUUCUCUCCAGAUCUUAAUCGUGAUGGCAAGAAUUCUGAUCCACUGAUAAUCUGUCACCGCAGAGUAACAAUCCAGGAGGAUGAAAAUCCAACCUGGGAAUAAAACAGUAGGCGGGAUCAGGUGCAACUGUCCCACAACUUGUAUCAAUAGGGAGCCCUCACAGGAAGCCCACAGGGAAUCAGAAAUCUGCAAUGAGUGGCCGAUAAUCUGCCCCAGGACUCAGAUGGACAGUGUGGCGACCUGGCAGUGGUGCAGGUUCUGGGAAACCUCACUGCCAUCAACAGGGAGAGUCGGGAAAACCAGGAGCAGAAAUCCCAGUUGUAUUCCAUAGUCUGCGCCUUCCUUCAAAUUACUUGUUCAUAUGCUAACCACAGAACUGUUGGUGAUUUGAGACCGUCCAAGUCCCGUUGACAUUAAAAUGAAUGCAACCUAUUCCUGCAGAUGAUAUCUUUGGGAUUCACAACAAUUGU